AUGGAAGAUGAAUUAAUUUUGAAAAUUGUCGAUGUCAACCCUCCAUCUUCAGAAUCUGGCAGCAAAAAUAUCACCAAAGCAACUGGUGAAUGGUAUACCAAAGAUAAAGAAGCUAAAAUUCUGAUUGAAUUCGGGAAUGCUUUAAUAUCACUAAUUUCUAUAUGUACUUUCACUUUAAUUGAUUAGAAUAGAGAACUACUAUGCGGAUUAGGUUAAUAUAAGACUCAAAGGUGAAAACUCAGAUGAAAUUUAUUAUGACAAAGUAAUUUGGAAAGAAAAUUUGGAAUGGAAUAAAGUACAAAGCGUUGAUAUAGAACCAUUUUCUUAAGAAAUAUAUAAUUAAAUGAUUGUAGAGGUGUUAAAUUACGCGUAGAAGGAUUAUAAAGGAUUAAAAAGAAUUAGAGUUUUUGGGUAUUAAAACAAAGAAAUAUAUAAUGAAAGGAAAAAAAUUCUCAAACAACAGAAGAAGGAAUCAAAAAAUAAAGAGAAAAUUUAAAAAGAAACUUAAAAUUAAGAAAAGAGUGAUUAAAAGAAUCUAAAACAGAAAACUAAAAUAGAUGAAUCUUCAACUAAAAAAAAUGAAAAUUGGGAAAAAUACAAAAAACCUUAAAAUCAACAGAAUAAAGAGCCUAUUUUUAUAGACACUAGAGAAAAAUUGAAAAAUAUUCAUAAAGGCCUUUCACCUGUCAAAGAAGAAACUGAAUAAUUUGAGUAGAAGGCUAUUCAAACUCCUAAAUAGGCUGAAGUGUUUGAAAAACUAGGGAGUAACAUAAAUGAAAGAAAAAUGACUAGAUUCAAUUUCAAUUAAAUUGAUAAGUAAUUUUUAGAGUUGCAUUAAGAAUGUAAUUUCCCAUUCAUAUUUUUAUAGUAUAACAAAGUUCAGGAAUAGGAAAAGAUAGGUAAUUAAAUUAUGCUAAUUUUGAAACCCACUGGCUUCAAUGA